AAGCAAGAGGAUAAAAAUACUCUGUGAAGAGUGUGUUUCUGAAAGCAGGAUGAUGGCUUCCCUUUUAAUGUUGAGACUGUGUCUUCUUUCUGUCACGCUUACAGCAACAGGACUUCAGCCAUCAGGUAAAUGAAGAAACAGAAAACCUUGUCUUGUUGGUCUGUUUGUUUGAUCGUCUUCUUACUUCUUAACUCUCUCUGUCGUACUAAAUGUUGCAAAACACUCACUUUCUUACGUUAUGCAGACCUAAAAACAUAGCUAAAUAGAGACUCGAAAUAAUACUAAUGCGUAAAUGAUGAUAACCUUCUUAUUCUGUUAGAUACAGAUUGAUGAGGGGUUGCUGUGUUGGUAUAAAAUAAACUCUAUCAGGGCCAGUGAUUGAAACACUUCUAUAUCUUCUCCUACAGUUCAUCCACUGAUGUUUGCUUCAUUUGGAGAUAGAGUUAUUUUGCCAUGUGGUGUCCCUGCCAUCACAUCCUGCUCCUCUGUGAACUGGAUAAGAUCACAAAAUGUCACAGAGGUGGUGAAGUCAGGACAGGUGACAGGACCGUUUGUCCCCCGCUUUGACCUGCUGCAUGAUUGCUCCCUGCAAAUUCAUCACCUUAAACACAACGAUGCUCAGCUCUACUUCUGUGAAAGUGGAGCACUUAGUUCAAGUGUUGAUCUUCGCAUUCUCCAAAGUAAGUGAGCUGACCUGCUACUUUAAGUGUAAGUCGAUGACAAUGUCCCAGAAGUUUUUCUCACUUUUUCUUUUCUUUUUUUUUAAUCCAUCAGUAACUGAGAAACUGGCUCCCGAGGCUGGCACAUUACAGCUUGACUGCUUUCUCAACUCAAUCCAGGGCUAUAAUGCUUGUAAAGACAGAGGAAUGAAUAUUACUUGGACUACUGGAGAUUAUACACCUCUAAAAGGAGACAGAUUUACUUAUAAACAUCACUCUGAAUGCUUCUCUAAACUCAUCAUCAGUAAAAAACUGACCGACCAUCACAGAAAAUGGAGAUGCCAGCUGAGUCAGAACGGCACAGUUAAAGCCAACGCCAGCUAUACAACAACAGUAAAAGGUACCAAACGCCACCUCUAAAAGCUCCCAAACAAAAGAUGAGGUUUUCCAUGUGUGCGUGUAACAAGUUUUUUUUAUACCAGAUGGCUUAGAGGAAGUGUUUGCUGUCGUGGGUGAAUCAGUGUCAUUCCCUUGUGGUGAUACUUCCUCUCUUGGCGUGGGUAGCAGAGUGAAGUGGGGGAUGGGAUCACAAACACUGAUGGGAGAUAUGUCACCUGAUGAGGAGCAAACAAAGGCAUUUCAUGUGACUACAGAUUCAUCACUGACAAUUAUAAAAGUGAGUCCCGUGCAUGCAGGGGAAUACCAGUGUUCAGUGUCCACCGGUCAUCCGUUGAAUAAAUUCAGGCUGCAUACUCUAGAUGGUGAGUAUUUUGAAAAAAAAACCUGAACUUAGUAUACCUCUACUUUUGCAUCACUCCAGCUUUAACAUGUCCUAUCAUGUUUGUCUUUAUAGUAACUUCAGAGAGCAGCUCGGGAGGAGAAAAUAUCACCCUGACUUGUGUGCUUACUUGCUCUACAGAAUGUGAGGAAGACUUUGAGCUAACUUGGACUGGUGGUGGUUCAAAAAGCACACAGAGUAGUUUAAUUCGCACCAAUAAUACUUUAAUUAGAAGCCUAUUUGUUCCAUCUUUGUCCAUGGCAUCAAAUGAGUUAGUUUGCUCUGUGCAUAGAGAGGGAGAGCUGAUGGCAUCAAAGAUCUGGCAGGCUACUAACAGUAAGUAUGCAACAUCUCCUUUUACGUAGAUGGCCAAUGCGUCCCCCCAUAUUUCCACUGAGCCUCAGUAAACAAGCACAUAAUAUUUUCAUGUCCACAGAUUUGCAAACACCUGUGUGGCUAGUUCUCUCACUAGGCCUCUCACUGGUUUUGGUGUGUAUAAGCGCUGCAGGUCUCUACACGUACAUCAAGAGGAAGCAGAACAAGGAUGCAGGUACUCGGACAGUUUCAUGCAACAAAAAAGUCCCUUUGUUUCAUGAGAAAGAUAGAAACUUGUUCAACUAAACUUGAUCCUCUUCUUUGUUUGCAGAAAAUGAGCUGACAAGUAUUGGAAUGGUGAGAGAAAACACAAAAAUGACUGUACCCUGAGUAGCUUUACUUUAUUAGGCUGACAAAGCCCUGUGUCAUACCUCGGUGUUUCUCUUUACAGACUCAUGUUUAUGAAGGAAUUGAGGAGGACAGUUAUGAGGAACAACACCCGCGAAGAAACCCCAGAAAGGAAGCUGCAACCACCACUGACAGUUUCUACGAUUUGUUGCAGGCUGUGAACUAAUAGAAGUGAUUUCCUCUCUUCAAUUUUACCCUGAUAUAUGCUCGGCAAACAACAAUUUUUUCUUGUUUAGAUGAGAGAUUUUAUUGAUAAAGAUAUUUGAGAUUUUGAACAUUUCAUUGUAUUUAUUAAAACACAGGUUAUUGGAUAUAUUGAUACAAAAAGGGGUGAAGAGGUGAGGAGGAGUGACAAGGGCAGAGCAGUGGCAUUUUUCAAUAUUCUUCAAUAACAUACAAAACUGCAAUACAAGCUCAGACAAUUUGCAGAUGAUGCAACAAACUUUUGCACAAUGUAUUCAUGUAAACAGUCAUUUAUGGGGAAUCUUGUCCAUCCUCACCUGGAAAUUACUCCCACUGAACUGCAAUAAAUGACAGAGAUGUGUUAUUA